GGAAAAGAAACAAGUUAUCCAAUAUCCAAAAAGAAGGAAGUUUGGGAGGUGAGGUGAGCAAAGAGAUCCAAUACGCUACGCCGCACCGCAUAUGAGAAUCACAACGUGGCUUGUGAACCACACUUCUCGAGUAGUAUCAUAUUCAUAUAUGAAAGACCACUAGCCAAUAGCCAUUGUAGUUUGUUUGUAGUAUAGUGUAGCUAUACAUAGCUAGUUCAGUAGUGAUGUUGCCUCCUCCUAUCGCCGUCGAUCUUAACGACAUUAAACAAAAACUCUCCGUUCACUUUCGCCCUUUUCAACGUUCCUUUCAGUUCUGGGUUCGUGCCAUCGAUAUUUACACCGGAUACAAGGUUUUUCAAUUGCGAGUCAAUUUCGUGAAAGAUGUGCAAAAGCAAGAAGCAAUGUGGGAAAGACAGCACGAACUUGCUGCUGAUAAGAUUUUCUCUAUGUGCUCUGACCUUGGUGGUUUCUUCCUCAAGAUUGCGCAAAUUAUAGGGAAACCAGAUUUGGCGCCGACUGCUUGGGUGAAAAGGCUUGUUACGUUAUGUGAUCAGGCUCCGGCCACUUCUUAUCAUACUGUUAAACUUGUGUUAGAGAAUGAGCUUGGACUGUGUAUUGAUGAUGUGUUUGAUAGGUUUGAUGUUGAGCCUCUUGGUUCUGCUUCAAUUGCUCAGGUUCAUAGAGCAAGACUGAAAGGUGACAAAGAUGAUGUUGUUGUCAAGGUUCAGCAUCCUGGAGUUCAGGAUCUGAUGAUGACAGAUAUUCGUAACUUGCAAGCUUUUGCUUUAUACAUGCAAAAAACAGAUAUCAAAUUUGAUCUAUAUUCAGUGACAAAGGAAAUGGAAACACAGAUUGGGUAUGAAUUUGACUUCAUGAGGGAGGCCACUGCAAUGGAAAGGAUUAGAAAGUUCUUGUAUAAAAUAAACAAAAGGACUCCUGUUUUGGUGCCAAGAGUAAUGCGAAAUAUGGUUACUAGAAGGGUCCUAGUUAUGGAAUAUAUUGACGGGGUUCCAAUAAUGAACCUUGGUGAUGAAAUAGCAAAGAGAGGCAUAAAUCCUCAUGGUAAGGUUGCAGUUGCCGCAAAGCAGAAAAUUCUUCAAAGCUUGACUCUAGCAUAUGGUCAAAUGAUUUUGAAAAGUGGGUUCUUCCAUGCAGAUCCUCAUCCAGGAAAUAUUUUGAUUUGUAAAGGAUCAGAGGUUGCCUUGCUGGACUAUGGACAGGUGAAAGAUCUCCCAGAGGAAUUGAGGCUUGGUUAUGCUAAUCUCGUUCUUGCGAUUGCUGAUGGUGACCCAGUAAGAGCUUCAGAGAGCUAUAGGGAGCUUGGUAUAGAUACGUUGAGCAAUUGUGAAAAUGAGCAACAAGAAAUGUUUAAACUGGCACAGACAAUGUUUGAUACAAAAUUACCUCCCGGUGUGAAAAUGCUGCAACCUUUUUCAGAGGAUUCUUCAAUUAAAAAAAUUGCUGUUCAGGCUUUCCCAGAAGAACUGUUUUCUAUACUUCGGACAGUGCACCUACUGAGGGGACUUAGCGUUGGACUUGGACUCAAUUAUUCUUGUGCAGAACAGUGGAGACCCAUUGCUGAAGAAGCUUUGUCUCAAGCUGGCAGAUUUAAAGGUAAAAAUGUUAAGCAUGGAGGUAUAAUACGUGGUAUAGUAAAAUCAUUAUUUUGGAGAAACUAAAUAGGUAGGUAUGGAUCAAUAUGCAUUCGAUUCAUUUGUUUGAUUAAUUGGGAUAUUCUUUGUGUGGCAUUGAAGAAAUGUAAAUUCAUCUACCAUAUGGAAUGUAAGUUUGACAUUGAUGAACGCGGUGAUUUUGUCGAAUUAACCGCUCAUCCAAACAUACACUAAGUAAUCCUUUUUGUGUAAUCCUUGAUUCAUUGACAUUGAUGGAACACCGUGAUUUGGUCAAA